AUGGCUCGCAAGAUGGUCUCCGCCUUCUAUUCCCUCUUUACCCUCCUCACCGUUGCCCUCGCGGCCUCCGUCCCCGAGACUGACUACGAUGUCAUUGUCGUGGGUGGUGGUCCGUCCGGUCUGAGCGCCAUCAGCGGUCUCUCGCGUGUUCUGCGUCGAACUGCGCUGUUCGACUCGGGCGAGUACCGCAACGCGCCUACCCGCAACAUGCAUGAUGUUAUUGGCAACGACGGAACCGUUCCCGCUGAAUUCCGCGGUGCCGCCCGCAAGCAAAUACUCCGUUACAACACUUCCACCAUCGUCGACACUUCCAUUUCCUCCAUCAAGCCCAUAGACAACAUCUUCGAAGCUACCGAUGCCUCCGGCAAGACCUACACGGCUCGCAAGGUCGUCCUUGGUACUGGUCUCCGUGACGUCCUCCCUGACACCCCCGGUCUGGAGCAAGCUUUUGGCAAGGGUAUCUUCUGGUGUCCUUGGUGCGAUGGCUACGAGCACCGUGACCAGCCGUUCGGUAUCCUGGGUGCUUUGCAGGAUAUCAUUGGCAGCACUCUUGAGGUGUACACUACCCUGAACAGCGACAUCAUUGCUUUCCUGAACGGCACUCAGACCCCUGCCCAGGAGGAGAUUCUGACCAAGGCCCACCCCGACUGGAGAGCCAUCGUGGAAGCGUACAACAUCCGCCUCGACAACCGCACCAUCACCGAAAUCGAGCGUAUCCAGGACGGCGAAACCCAUAAGGACGACGAAGGCCGCCAAUUCGACAAGUUCCUCGUGCACUUCACCGAGGGCGAGCCCGUCGAGCGCAACGCUUUCAUAACCAACUUUGACACCGCGCAGCGCUCAACUCUCCCCGAGCAGCUUGGUCUCAAGAUGCUGGGUAACAAGAUCGACACGCAGACGAACUCUGGUCUGCGGACUUCUCUGCCUGGUGUGUGGGCUGUUGGUGAUGCGAACAGUGACAACAGCACCAACGUGCCGCACGCUAUGUUCAGUGGCAAGCGCGCUGCUGUCUUUGCCCAUGUCGAGAUGUCGCGCGAAGAGGCUCAGGCUGCUAUCUCGAAGCGUGUGCCCGAGCGCCGCAUGUUGGAGAAGGAGACUGAGCGCCGGAUGGGUAACGAGAUUGAGGCGCUGUACAACAGAUUGCGCCGCCGUGGUUAA